AUGGCGUCAACCUCCGGUAGCUGUGUCUGUAAGAAGGUCACCUACACCUAUACUGGUGAACCGACGACGACGGCCAUCUGCCACUGCCGUGAAUGCCAAAAGCUUACCGGGAGCGCAUUCACCUACAACUUCUUCGUGCCACGCGAAAACUUCGAAUGGACGUCCGGCUCGCCUAAGUCCAACAGCUUCAUACAAGAGAGCGGGAUGAAGGUAGAUUAUCGCUUCUGCCCAGACUGUGGGACCGUUUUGGUCAAGGAGGGCGAGGCAGACAUGCUCAAGCCUUUCUACCUUGUUCAGGUUGGGACAAUCGAUGGAAAUAAUAUAAAGAAGAAGCCCGAUACGGAGUUGUGGACGAGCCGCAAGCUAGAGUGGAUUGAGCCUAUUGAGGGGGUGGAACAGAUGGUGCAGUUCAAGUGA